GCGCUCAACGCUAGUCGAGUCCACCAGGCUUAGUCUACUGCCAGCUCUCUCGAGCAGGCCACGUUUCACAUCCUUGCACCAUGCACGACCGCCUCGCAGAGCUUACAGGAAAAGCGCCCGGAGAAGUUGCAAUUGACGUAGCGGCAGAGAAUCCAAAUGUCGCACGGCCCAAGUUUAUGGAGAAGUUCUUCUUGGAUGUGGAAGAUAUGCAAGCGGAUUUGGGCAAAAUCACGGUCGCCACGGAUCGCAUUGGCGAGCUCAACCACCAAGCCCUCUUGGCGACGGCCACGGGCGAAGAACAGAUCAUCAGCCAAGAGCUGUGUUUGGUCAUCGACAGCACAAACAAGGUCGCGGCGCGGGCGAAGGCGCUGCUGGAACUCAUCAAAAAGGAGACGGCGGAGAAGAAGAAGGAUAAGGUCGUCCCAGCGUCCGAGAUGCGAAUUCGAGACAACAUGUCGACGACUCUCACACGGAAGUUUAUGGACACCAUGAAAGAGUACCAAAAGGCCCAACAGCGCUUCAAGUCGGACAUGAAGAACAAAGUGAAGCGCCAAGUUCAAAUCGUCAAGCCGGACGCAUCCGAGCAAGAAAUCGACAUGGUCAUGCGGUCUGCUGACCCAGGCGCGAUCUACCGCAGUGCCAUCCUCCAGGGCAGCAACGACUCGAUAAAGGAAGUGUACAUGACGUGUCACGACAAAUACCAAGACGUGCUCAAGCUAGAGCAGAGCGUCGCGGAGCUGCAUCAAAUGUUUCUCGACUUGGCACUGCUGGUCGAGCAGCAGGGCGAAAUGCUUGACCAGAUUGAGUUUCAAGUCAAAACGGCAUCCAACUACAUCGACGCCGGCAACAAAGAAGUCACGAAAGCACUCAAGUCCCAGAAGAGCAUGCGAAAGAAGAUGUGCUGCCUGCUUUUCUUUGGGCUCGUCGUGGUCCUGAUCGCGGUCCUCGCGUCCGGCGCGUUCAAGAGCAGCUGAGCGUGUCGUCGAUUUAAUGUCCACAAGACAACAUCCAUGUCGAAAGCACAAUUGAUUCGCUCGUCGGUCGCUCGUCCUGUGCGCGCCGACAGACCGACGAGUUACUUGGUCGGCUUGAACACUUGGCCGA